ACACACGAAUUUAACGGUGUGCUUUGUGUAAGUUACAUGUCAUAUAUUACUGUUUUAGUAUUUGCUUAAAGUUAGUCUUGAAAAACACAUUAGGCCCUAUAUCUAUAUAUAGAUGAAAGGAGUGAGUAGCUCGCUGGACCAUCUUGGCACCCCUGCCCUGCUCUGCCUCUGCCGCUGAGGUGAUCUGCUCAUGGCGGGGAGCAUCUCGUCCGCGCUGUUGCUCCUGCUUAACAUGGCGGGCGCGCUGCUCGCCCCCUCUCCCCGCGCUCCUUUUCCCCAGAGCCUGCCGGGCGCCGCCGAUGACGACGGGGACGUCGACUUCUUCUUCUUCCCCUUCCUGGUGCGCUACAAGAGCGGCCGCGUCCAGCGCUUCGUGGGCACGGACACCGUGCCGGCCUCCGUGGACCCCGCCACCGGCGUGGCCUCCAAGGACGUGGCCAUCGACGCCGCCGCGGGACUGGCCGUCCGCCUCUACCUGCCGAGCCUCGGCAAUGGCACGAGGAGCGGGCGCGGCGACAGGCUGCCGCUGGUGGUGUUCUACCACGGCGGCGGGUUCGUCACGGAGUCCGCCUUCUCGCCGACGUACCAGCGGUACCUCAACGCGCUCGCGUCCAAGGCCGGGGCGCUCGUCGUGUCGGUGGACUACCACCUCUCGCCGGAGCACCCCCUCCCGGCGGCCUACGACGACGCGUGGGCGGCGCUCCGGUGGGUGCUCAGGAGCGCGCGGUCCGGGUCCGGGGCGGAGCCCUGGCUGUCGCGCCGCGCCGACCUGACGCGGCUGCUCCUGGCCGGCGACAGCGCCGGGGGCAACAUCGCGCACAACAUGGCGAUGCGCGCCGGCAGGGAGGGCCUGGACGGCGGCGCGGCCGUCCAGGGCAUAGCGCUGCUGGACCCGUACUUCUGGGGGAAGCGCCCGGUGCCAUCGGAGACGCGGGACCCGGCGGAGCGGCGGUUGAACGACCGCAUAUGGAGCUUCGUCUGCGCGGGGAGGUACGGCGCCGACGACCCGGUGGUCAACCCGGUGGCCAUGGCGAGAGACGAGUGGCGGCGGCUGGGGUGCGCGCGCGUGCUGGUGACCGUGGCCGGGCUGGACGUGCUGAGCGCGAGGGGCCGCGCGUACGUGGAGGAGCUCAGGGCGAGCGGGUGGGGCGGCGAGGUGCGGCUGUACGAGACGCCCGGCGAGAACCACGUCUACUUUCUCUUGCAGCCGGACGGCGAGAAGGCGGCGAAGGAGAUGGAUGCGGUGGUGGCCUUCAUCAACGGCGACCGGUCAUUCGGGAACUCGAAGCCAGAGCGUUCGGCCAAAUACACAAAUAUCUUAGGAACUCUCGCAGAAGGACAGGAGAAGAACAACGAAAAAUGAAAAUCCAGUUGCAAGUAAAAGGAACAAAUCUAUCGUUCUCGUUCCCAUAGGAGUAUCAGUUUCUUUUAUGAUGAAAGGCACUCCCGCGUUGCUUUCACUGAA